AUGCAAAUCAUUAUUAACAACGAAAUUCAAACCGUUGAGCCAAAUAACGUUGUCCUAUACGAAGCUGGAAAGCUUUUGAAAACAUCCAUAAAUUGUGGUAGAUGUACAUUGCAAGAUAACGGCAAUGAAAUUUCUUGGAACAAGAGUGCCAGAGCCUUAUUGCUUUUGCACAAGGAAAAAUUUCAUAAACUGCUUGAAAAAACACUUCCGGAGUCACAAAUGCCAUUCGAGGAUACUGUUUUUGAAUCAGAAACUAGAAAGCUUGUCGUUCGAAUUAAAUUUGAAUUUUUUAAACAAAUUUCCGACGCCGGUUUUCCGGGUGAUUUAGCCGAUAACGUUAUCAAAAAGUUUAAUGACGUAAUUCAAUCCGACGCCGCAGAACUUAAGGCUGCCAAUGCCUUAAAUUUAAAUUCAACCAAUGAAAAUUAUUCGAAGGCAUGUGAACAGCUCGAAUCGGAGUAUGUUGUGAAACUUCAUUCAAAGCUCCGUGGGGAGCCGAAACACCUUGAUAAGAUAUUAACAAAAUGUUGCGUUGACAUUUUGGAUAAAUAUGAUAAAAAGACAUCAAAAUUUCCAUUUUUCAUCACGAAUGAUUGUCGUAGCGUUUUCCAAUAUAGACUGCUUUCCAGGGAUAGGGAAUUUGCUACAGAAUAUCGAGCAUAUAUGAAACAGUACAUGGAUGACUUCAGAAAGGUUGUGGACGUUAUUUUUGAUCAGAUCUUAUCCGAUUACGAGCUCCAAGUAAAUACAAAGUUACCGACAUUUCCCAUGUCGGAAACUGAAUUAGAAUUCUUAUUAAAAAGUGAAAAGAAAAUUGCGACGUCGGAUUUUGAUUUAAAAACCAAAACAAUCCCAGGUCGUCAAAGAGCAGCUUCUAAAGCUUAUAUAAAACACCGAAGAAAAUCCCUAGUUGACAGCAUCAAAAUGGACCAAGAAAAUAUGAGCAUCUUUAAUAUGGAUGCUUCUGAAUACUUUAGUACUAGGCUAUGGGACGAAAAAAUUCAACCCAUCCGUGACAGGGUAAAAAAUGGGGACUACGUUGAAAUUACUGAAUUCCAAGAGGAGUUCAGCACUUUCAAAAAUAGCUAUAAUCUUGCGGCUAGAGGUCCGGCUUCAAGUAUCGUCUGGGAUAGACGAAAAAAAGAAACGGACUCUUGGGAAGAAAAUAUCGUUGCGUUAAUUAGCGCAAGGCCGUUUGACGGCAAAAACAUAGAAUUCAUAUAUAAUAAUAUAAUGAAUUCCACCCUUACUCUUAUAGAUCAAUUAGCCGCUGAUCUAGGAUGGGGAUGGGCUGGUAACGGACAGUACAGACGUGCGGCCACUGGCUACAAGUGGAUAUGCACUAUGAAAACGGAUGGCUUUUGGAGUGACAGACUACCAUCUUUUAUGCUUUAUGACUUUGCGCAUGGUUUUAAAAACCUUGUGCCGUCCGACCCAAUCAUCGAAUACAUUAACCCUCGUCAGAUCAACACAAGAAUUUAUGGUCCUUAUCCUGAGGACAAUACCAUUACAAGAAAAGUGGAUUACACGGUAACGGAACAAUUGACUUGGGAAUCGUCAACGAAGUUCUCCUUCGACCAAGAAAUUUCAGACUCUUAUAAGCAAGGGAUCAAGGAAAUGUGGGAAACUUCGAUUGGACUCCGAUUUGGAUUUUCGCAAGAGCUGUUCAAUAAACAUGGUCGUACCAAGACCAUCACUAGAACAGAAUCCAGCACAAGUGAAAUCUUUAUUCCCGCAGGGAAAAGGAUUCAAAUUACCAGUAUUGUAAGCGAUCAGUCAAUUACCGUCAACUAUAUAGCCACACUGAUCGUCACCGCGAGUUUAAGGAUAAAAGGAUUUCUUAGGCUAGGAUCAGAAGAAGGCCCUGAUGCCAAUUAUCACAGUGAAUUUCGUGGAAAACGUUCUGAAAAAUAUUGGCAAUACGAUUUUGGAGACAUGACUGAAAUAUAUGAUCAAAUGGUACAAAACAGGGCUCCUUGGCUUUGGAAUGAGUGCCAACAGGAUCAUCCCCGGAUAUCUUCAGUCCUGGAACAGCUAAAAGACCCCAAAAAGUAUGAAUAUAUUGUUUCAGGAAAAUUUCACGGAAUCAAUGGAGUCCGAGUUGAAGAAAAAUCCACAGUCUUGAGAUGA